GUCAGGGAUCGGAUAUUACAUGGUUAGUGCCGGAUCAGAACCAGAAAUCAACGUAACAGAUAUUGCAAACUUGACUGAAUAUGAUAGGCGAACACAUGACGUGUGUAUUGAACUUACUGCAGAUAACUACUUAGAACAUGGACAGACAUAUUACACAACGGUUUGGGCUUUUAAUGCAGGGAUCAAAAUAAGAAAUAUAUCAGCCAUCUCUAAUGGAGUUACUGUUGAUCUAACAAAACCUAUACCAGGAAGUGUAAUAGACGGAAAGAAUGAAGAUUUUAUAGACAUCCGUUUCUCUGCCAGUCCAGCAAAGGUUGAAGUACAAUGGAGGAAUUAUACUGAUCCAGAAUCAACAAUAUAUCAGUAUGAAGUUCUAGUGCAGUCUGCACAUAAUGGUUCUAUUGAUUUUAAUAUUAUAAGAAACUGGGUGCCAUAUAACAAUGAUACUGCUGGUGUUAGAUGGUUAAACUUUCAUCUGCAUCACAAUGAUUAUAUCACAUUGACACUGAGAACAACAAAUGGAGCUUUGAACUCUAUUAUUAAUGACACAGAUGGAUUUCUUGUUGAUCUGACCCCUCCUAAACUGAUUUAUAUAAGAGAUGGUACCGAUUAUAUACAGGAUGCAGAGUUCCAGUCAAAUAUAACAGCUUUAUCAGCAAGUUUCAAGUUUAUUGAUGAGGAAUCGGGCAUUGGACAGAUUAGAGUCAAAAUUUUCCAACAACAUCAUGGAAUACGAGCACAGAUCUUACCAGUUAAUGAGAGUGAAUGGAUUGAGGUACCGGAUGAUGAACUAGAGAAAAUGCAGUUUACAGUAAAUGGUUUACCUCUCAAGCAAGGAGGAUUCUACAGUAUGAAAAUAGGAGCGGUAAACAAUGCUGGUAUGAUGGCUGCAUUUGAAACAAAUGGCGUCUUAGUUGAUACCACUCCUCCAGUUAUAUACUGGCUAAGAGUUGGUGAACUUGCUGGCAAUAGUGAGGACAAGUUUAAUGGAUAUGUGUGGCAAGCAGAUACAUCUGGAAUUAAAGCUGCUUGGCUUGCUGUUGAUCCUCAGUCGGGCAUAAAAGGAUACAUGAUUUCAGUUGGUUCGACGAAAGGGGGGACAGAUAUUUUAGAUUGGAAGUCUGUAGGUACAAAUAAAGAUGCAUACAUUAAUGGUUUAUCACUGACAGUGACAGAUGAGGACACAAAACUACCAGUUUAUUUUGUGACAAUUAAAUCUAUGAAUGGUGCAGGAUUAACCAGUGAACCUGUUGUAUCGACACCUAUCAUUGUUGUGGAUGAAGACCAACCUGGCAUAGUAGUAGAUGGUACAGAUAGCUCUUACACUGUUGGUAAUGAUAUCAACUACCAGUCUGAUAUAUCUACUGUGUCAGCACAGUUUAGUGAAUUUACCAGCCAUUUACAUGGUGUUAUGUCUUAUGAGUGGUCAGUAGGCACAGAACCAGCAGGAGAAGAUAUUCUACCAUUUACUUCACAUGGAAUUGUUCAUAAAGAGGAAAGGAUUGUGAAAGGAGAUGGUGUGACAAGUUCUGGUUUUGCUCAUACAACAGUACAGCUACAACCAAAUAUUACUUACUACUCUACUGUUAGAGGAAUAACCAAUGCUGGAAAUGUACUGGAGUCUGUUUCUGACGGAUUUACUGUGGAUAGGUCACCUCCAACUAUGGAAAUGGACAGGCUGACUGAUAAAACAUCUUCAGAGACAAACAUAGGAGCAGGAUCAACUAUGUAUCAGAAAACACCAGAUGCUUUGUCUGCAAUGUGGCAUUACUAUGAAACAGAAAGCAAUAUUAAAAGGGCAUGGUUUUCUGUAGGAACAUAUCCUUAUGGCAGUGAUGUAUAUGAAAAGAGAGAAGUUAAUAUCUCUUCCACAUUAACAAGUGACUUACCAUUGGCAUCAGUGCUACCAGAUCUGACAGGAAAACCAAACAUCAUCAGUAUUUGGGCAGAAAAUGAAGCCGGUCUGAUUGGACACAUUACAUCAGGAGGAGUGAUAUUUGAUACAACAUCACCUGGUCCAGGUUAUGUUAAAUGUCCAAAGUAUGUAGGGAUUUUGGUUCCAAUUAAUUGUAAGUGGACAGGAUUCUUGGACAGUGAGAGUCCUAUCCAAAGAUUUAUAGUUACAAUGGGCUCUGAACAAGGUGCUUCCGAUGUUUAUAUUAUGGAGGUAGCAGGCUAUUUAACAGAACAUUCUAUUCAAGGAAUAACCAAGCAUUUGAAACAUGGUAAAUCGUAUUAUGUUACUGUCACAGCCAUGAACAUGGUUGAUUUGGAAACGUACGGCUUCUCUGGACCAAUCGCUAUAGAUACUACUCCUCCAAAGUACGGUAGAGUUAUAGAUUUACAUACAACAUACAGGUUAGAUGUGACAGACAAUGAGAUUACUGUCAACUUAAAUUCCAAGGUGUGUGAUGAAGAAGAAGAGUGUGAUUCACUUGAAGCAACAUGUUCAGAAUCUUUAUCAACUGUAUCAGUUACUUGGCAACCAUUCAGUGAUUAUGAAUCAGGAAUUGUGAGAUACCAGAUAGCAGUAGGAACAACCCCUGGAGGAGGCCAGAUAAGGUCAUUCUUUGACAUACCAAUAGAUACCCAAUAUCAUACAGUGACUGGUCUUGAUUUGAUGGGAUAUAGGACGGUAUUUGUAUCAGUGAAAGGUGAAAAUGGUGCCGGUUUAGCUAGUGUUGCUACAUCAAAUGGCUUACAUCUAUCUUAUUUGAGUCAAGGAUUACCACCUGUGUCUCAUAUUGGAAUAAAUGACGUACUUAGGAACUCGAUAGGAGAUGUAAAUUUCCAGGAAAGUUUUGACACAUAUAGAGCAUCAUGGGAUGUUUCUGGUGAUCCAUGUUCCAUCCGGAAAUAUGAAUGGCAGGUACAAAGACUUGAUGGCCAGAUCAUACAGCAAUGGCUGGAUAUGGGAGUGAGAACCUCUGGAAUGAAUGAUGAACUACACAUGGAAAGUGGAGCUUUGUACUAUUCAUUGCUUAAAGUAAUAAAUGCACUGAAUUACACAUAUAUUAUAAGAUCUAAUGGUGUCACAAUUCAUCAAGACCCACUGAUCCCUGGGAAAGUGUUUGAUGGAGAUAUAACUGGAUAUGACCUUAACUUCCAGCCAUCAAGGACAAGUGUAUCCGCUAACUGGGAUAGUUUUGGUUUACCAGCAUCUGCUAAAGUACAGUUUGAUGUUAUUUCAGGAAAUCCUGGAAUUCAUGUGGACAAAGGAAUACUGGAGGAACAAAAUGACAACCAACAAGUUACCUAUUAUGAGGUAGCUGUUGGAACUGACAGAAGAUUCCCUAAAACUAGGGAUAAUGUUGUACCAUUGACUAAUGUUGGGAGGAAUAAAUCUGUAACUUUCUACAACCUUGAUUUGGUUCCUGGUUCAGGACUGUACUAUUUCACUGUUAAAGCCUACAGUGCAUCUUACUCCAUUGCCACUGUGACGUCUAAUGGAUUUCGAGUUGGAUUUGAUGGUAGUAUUACAGCUGGGAAAAUAAUAAUGACAGACUUUGUAAACAACAGUACACAUGUUGGUGUACAGUUUGAAGGAUUCCAGUCCAAACUAGAUAUAUUAAUGUAUUAUGUUGCAUUAUCUAACCAUUCUGAGGCUGAUGGGACAGAUUGUCAACUCUAUAUUGAAGGUGGCAAGGCUUCUGAUCAAGAAAGGGAGACACUGUUCAAUAUGUUCACUAUCACAAACGUAAAUAAAAACACCUAUUACAGUUUUGUGAAUCUAGAGUUGGAACACGGAGAAAGUUAUUUUGCCUGGGUGAUAGGUGUGGAUGAGUCAGGUGAAUGUGCAAUGAUUUCCCAUCGGUUUGUUGUUGAUUUGACACCUCCUAUCAAAGGCAAACUAACUACAGGAUCAUUAUAUUAUAUGCCUGUUACCUACACUGUUGAUAACAGCACCAUACAAGUACUAUGGGAGGAUUAUAAUGAUCUAGAGUCUGGUAUAGAAACCUAUGAAGUGUCUUUGUGGAAUUCUUCCUCUUGUUCUGAUCAAAAUAUACAAACAUUAUUACAUGACUGGAUAGAGUUGACAAAUAAUUACACAGGAUACAGCUUUGUGGAUCUACAACUUGAGAAAGACAAACCAUAUAUUGUACAGUUUAAAGUGACAAAUAACGCAGGAUUAUACACAAUAGAAGAUUCUCCGCCAGUAUUGUAUGACUUGUCAACACCAACACCAGGAAAAGUAGUUGCUGGAAAGGAUUUCCUAAAAGAACAAGUAUGGUUCAAUUCAGGACAAGCAGUCACAGGUACUCUAUUACACUUGCCUAAACCUUACGGUCCAGGAUGCCUAUCCAGACAUAUAUCUAUGAUAAACGAUAGUGAUUGGAGAAGACUUGAGCAAAUAGGAUUCAGAGAUCCAAGUGGUACAAUAUGGAAGUUACAUCAUCGUAAAGAGAACAUUGAUACACUGAUCUAUGACAAUGCUAUCUCUGUAAAGCUUGCUAGACACAAUAAUAUGAAUAAAAUGUUAACCGGUGCUUAUGUAAGACCAGCCGACAUAGAAAAUGGUGGAGUUUAUGAUAUAUCUAUUAAGGCAGCGGGAGGAGAUGGUCAAGCAAUUACUGGUGUCAUGUUCUGGGAUGGACCCGAAGAUGGAAUAGCUACAUUUACAUAUGAGGAAGACAAUGAUUGGGUCGCCAAUGUUUGUGAAUGCUGUUUAAUGGAACCAGUUCCAAUGUAUUGUAGUUACUGUAAUUGCGGAAACAAAACAUUGUCAGAUUUUACAACUACAACAACAACAGAACAUUCAGUUCUGAAUACAACAUUACAACAGUAUGAGAUAGUCAACAAUCCUGAUGGAAGUAUUGUAGAUACUCCAAUAGACACUAGUAUACCUAUCACACAGGCAGCUUGUGGUAUACAGAUUUUUUCUGGCAAAGACUCUAUGAUUGUUACCUGGUGCCAGUCCUUCAAUAACACAUUUCAACCAACGAAAGCAAAGAUGAGUUUAGAGUUUGACCCUUCUGAAAAUUUCCACGAUUACCAUAUAGAAAUUAGACCAGAAAGAGAUGAUGCAGUUGAUAUAUUAUGGUGUUUGUUUGUGUUUGUUGACGGAGAGGAACUUACGAUGAUGUGUGGUAUUCCAUAUCUCAGUAUCAAGUCAAGAUUAGUUUUACAUGUUUGGAAUCGUGAAAACACAGUCCCAGAACAUGCAGACAUGUUUAAUAGAUAUUCAACGAAAGCUUUCUUCAAAAAUCUAAUAAUGCCAGCACCACAAGGAUCCCUUUGUCGCUAUGGUGACCCAUUCAGAGGUGGUACAAAUCCAGUUGUAAACUUUGAAGCCGGUAUAGGGAGUGAAAGACUAUCAACUGAUGUAUCACCUUUUUCUGAAGUACUUGCACCUUGUUUACCAUGUCAAGGAAUGUGUUCUGAAUAUAUGUGUAAUUCAGCCUGCAAUCUUAAUGACACAAAAGAUUAUACGUUUAUAUUACAAGAUACAAACCUAGCACCAGUAAAGACAUUUGUUAAUGAAUCUGGUCUUCAGGAAAAUAAAACAUUGUCUUACUAUAUAACAGUGAAAGCUGUUCUGGGAUCAGGUCUAGAAGCCAUUAGCUCAUCAAGCGCUUUCUAUCUUGAUGACACACCACCUGUGUUUGACCCCGAUAUAAUGACGUCUCAGAUCUAUAUAGAUGUCACCCAAGGGGAAUUCACUCCAGUAAAUUAUCAGGCAUCAAAAGAUACAAUAAAAUCAUUUUGGAGAUGUUAUGAUGAUGAAAGUCAAAUUGCGGACACUCUAUGGGCCAUUGGAGGUUCAGUUGGAGGAGAAGAACUGCAGAAAUUUCAGUCUGUUGGUAGAAAAAUGAUAGCAGAGAAUAAGAACUUUGAUGGUAUACUACAACACAAUACUACUUAUUAUGUUUCUGUAAGAUGUAUCAAUGGAGGUGGCGCACUUACACAGUGGAAUGAAACAAAAGGAGUAAUAGUACUGUUAGUUCCACCAGAAGUAGAUAAUUUGAAUAAUACUUUACCUGGAACAAAAGAAUUUCCAAAUGAAGUAAAUCCUAAAGAUGCCAGAGAAACAACUGAUCCCACAUCUAUAGGGAUGACAUUUACUGCUAGUGAAGAUAAAUCUGUUAUCAAAUAUGAUAUGUGUAUUGGAAGUUCUGAAAACAAAGAUGACAUAUUACCUUGCCAGUGGGUUGGAUUAAAUGAAUCUGGGUCAGCUAUGAUAAAGAAUGGCUAUCUUUAUAUCAAUGGAUAUAAAACAAGACCCUUAUCAGUAAUGCAAAUUCAGAAAAAUAGCAGCAAUUCAAGUUAUGAUAUGAGUGAAACAUUUCACAUGGAACCUGGUAGAACUUUGUUUAUGACUAUGAGAGUUUGUAAUGAAGCUAUGCUGUGUUCUAAUAAAUCCCUUGGAUCUGUUGCUAUCACAAACAACAAGACUCAAAUAAAAACAUCAGUCCAUGGGGAGAGUAUUCGAGUUGGGUAUGAUAUAUCUACUUCUAGAAGAGAGAAAAGAGAUACUCCAGUUUUAUCAGUGACAACUCCUAAUGGAUUAAUGCCAGGACAGACUAUAAUGCUGCAGCCAUUGGAUGAUGAUGAUUUAACGACAGACUAUAGAGCUGAUGUAGCCUUAAAUUUCCAGCCAUAUAUUGUUAACCCUUCUGAAACUGGAGAUAUGGUAGAAAGAUUAUUAUAUAAAAGGAUAAGAUCUAUUUUAUAUUCUUUCUCGAUAACACCAGUUGGUCACCUGCCUAUGCCAGGACCUUUAAACAUAAAAAUUGAAAGUGAACUGGAUGAAGAUGAAAAUUCAAGAAUUUCUCUUAUUCAUUGGAACCCAAUUGGAGAACAGUGGGUACUUUCAUAUAGGACAUGUGAUGGAUCUAAUGGAGUAACAAAAAAUACAGAUGGAACUCAGACCUUUUUUGUGUGCAGUACACGAUCAGUGCCGGAAAAGACAAUACAGAGACAGAGACAAUUUGCUGGAGAAUAUUACUUCUCAGAAGAAACACAGUUUAUUGUUGCUGUUGUUGAUAAGAACGUUUAUAACUCACCACCUGUUUUGUUGAGUCCUGAUGUCUUAACAAUGAAUGAAGAUCAAGGUACCAUACAGUAUACUCUGAGAGCCUCUGAUGAAGAAAAUGAUGUGAUAGAAUACCAUAUUCAACCAUCUUUCAAUGUAUCUGAUAUAAAUGGAACCAUGUUUUUAACGAAAACUGGAAUACUGCUAUAUACCCCAUGUAGAGAUUGUACCGGUGUCGAACAGAUACCAAUUAUUCUUCAGGAGGUUCAACGAGAUAACUCAAUCACUGCUAUUCAUAAACUAAUAACAUUGACUUUUAAUGUCGCACAACUAAAUGAUCCACCAAUUGUCUUUAUGACUCAGUAUGGACAAAACAUUCUCCAUGGUGACCCAACAGAACCUGUUCUGGUUUAUUUAGAGCAAAUGAAUGCUUUUAAUGGAGAAAAAUGGUCUAGUGAGUUUUCUGCUACCUUUGGUGCCUAUGAUAUAGAAAAACAAGAUUUAUUCAUAACUGUAUCAGAACCGACACAUGGACGAAUACUGAUAUCAAAAGGAAGAACUUCAGUUCCGAACCUGGAAACUUGUCCUCCUUACAAACAUUUGACAACUGAACCCUGUGGAAAUUUCAGUCACAGUUUACCACAUUACAAAGAAACCUUGUCCUGGAUUUAUGCUAAUUUGACAUAUAAACAGAAUAUGUCAUCAUCUGGGAAUGAUUUCGUAAAGAUCCAUAUGACUGAUUCUUUUAAUGCAACCUCUACUGUUUUAACUGUACAGUUUGUUCUGAUGGAAUCACCAUGUCAACAAGGAGUCUGCACUCCCAAGAGAAAUUACCCGUGUAGGAGUGUACACAGAGCAGUAGACUUUGAUAAGAACUAUAUAUGUACAUGUACUCCAGGUUACACAGGGAAAUACUGUACAGAUGAUAUUGAUGAAUGUCAAAGUUCACCAUGUGUUCCACCCUAUGUGUGUAAUGAUGUUUUGAACGGAUAUUUCUGUCAUUGUCCAAUUUACGAUCCAAACUGUGUACUUCGUGCAUGGGUGAUAAUUCUGAUAAUGCUAGCAGUUUUGUUUAUAGUUUGUUGUGUUUUAUUUGGAUUAUUUGUGUAUAGAAGAAGAUUUGACAAGAAUCAAGAACCUUUGCAUGGAAAGGAUAAUGAUACAGAGAGCAACCUGAGUGACCAUGAAAUAUUUUUAAGAAACCUCCGAGCCAGGGAAGACAUCCCAUAUGCAGAUCAAACAAAUGUUGAUAUAGAGAGCAAACUGAGUGACGAUGACACUGUUUCAAGAAACUUCACAUCUUCGGAAGAUCAACAAAUUUUUGACACAGAGAGCAAACUGAGUGACCACGAAAGUUUUUCAAGAAACCUCUUAGCCACGGCCAAUAAACAGGAUUUUGAUACAGAUAGCAACAUGAGUGACCAUGAACGCUUUUUAAGGUACCUUCAAGCCAGGAAAGAUAUCCCAUAUGCAGAUCAAAAGGAUGACACUGAAGCAUAUCAACCGACGAUGAGUUCAAGUAAUGAUAUGGAUGAAUAACAAAAUGGCUAUAUGAUUUGCAUAACCUUUUCUUUUAGCAUAUAUUAUUAAAGUAUAUAAGACAUA